UGUGCCCCCUUCUCCCCAUAGAGCAACUGGAAUGAGAUUGUCGACAGCUUUGACGAUAUGAACCUGUCAGAGUCCCUCCUGCGAGGAAUCUACGCUUACGGUUUUGAGAAACCCUCUGCUAUCCAACAGCGAGCCAUUCUCCCUUGUAUCAAGGGAUAUGAUGUGAUCGCCCAAGCCCAGUCUGGCACUGGGAAGACAGCCACCUUUGCCAUCUCCAUCUUGCAGCAGGUUGAGCUGGACCUGAAAGCGACCCAGGCCUUGGUGCUGGCCCCAACUAGGGAGCUGGCUCAGCAGAUCCAGAAGGUGGUAAUGGCUCUUGGCGACUACAUGGGGGCCUCCUGCCACGCCUGCAUAGGAGGGACGAACGUCCGGGCCGAAGUUCAGAAGCUGCAGAUGGAAGCGCCCCAUAUCAUUGUGGGGACUCCUGGGCGGGUCUUCGACAUGUUGAACAGAAGAUACCUUUCACCCAAGUUCAUCAAGAUGUUUGUGCUGGAUGAAGCCGACGAGAUGUUGAGCCGAGGCUUCAAGGACCAGAUUUACGAUAUAUUCCAGAAGCUGAGCGGCAACACACAGGUGGUCCUCUUGUCUGCCACCAUGCCGAUGGAUGUGCUGGAAGUAACCAAGAAAUUCAUGAGAGACCCCAUCCGUAUCCUAGUGAAGAAAGAAGAGCUGACUUUGGAGGGGAUCCGGCAAUUCUAUAUUAACGUGGAGAGGGAGGAGUGGAAGCUGGACACCCUCUGCGAUCUCUACGAGACUUUGACCAUCACCCAGGCAGUUAUCUUCAUCAACACCCGGAGGAAGGUGGACUGGCUGACGGAGAAGAUGCACGCCCGAGAUUUCACCGUUUCAGCCAUGGUGGGUGUGGGGGAGGGCCUGUCUUUGGUGGCUGGGAAGGGGGUGGGGUGGGAUGGAGGGGGAG